AUGCGACAAUUAGGACAAAGAUAUUCCAGUUACUUCCCAACACUUUUACUAUCAACUUAUAAUCAAACUUUGUUUUGGUUCCGCCAUUCAGAACGUCAAAGAAGUAGAGAAAGUAUUCGUGCAUUUGCUCAAGGACUUUUUGGUGAAGCUGGUGCUGAAAAUGUUGUAUUUGAAGAUGUUCCAACAGAGGAUACAUUGACACGACCAGGUGACUUCUGUCCCGCAUUUAGUCUUUUGGAAAGUACAACAGAAUCCGAUGCAUUCCGAUUGGGCCCUCAAUUCAGACAAACAAUAGCUGAAGUCAAUGCAAAACUUGGAUUCGUUCAGCAGAGCAUUCCAAAUAUUUUAACAAUUUGGGAUAUUUGUCGUUUCGAAAAAACGAUCAACCCUGAAGAUGACUCGUCAUGGUGCAGUGCAUUUUCAAUUGCUAACAAUCAAGUAUUGGAAUAUUACACAGACAUGAAAUAUUACUACAGAAAUGGUUACGGGAUUCCAGACCGUCGUCUUACUGAAAAUAUGAGUUGUGAAUUGAUGACGAAUAUGCUGUCAUACUUAACUGCUGACACCGCUUCAGAAUCAGCUCGUGUUAUCGGAGUUCAUUCUUCGACAUUGCAAAUUUUUAUGGUAGCUCUUGGAUUAUUUGAAGAUGAAAUUCCUUUGACAAGACACAAUAUUGCUCAACAACCGUCAUUGGAGAACGAGUUGGGUCAGUCCAAAAGCUGUGCUGAUGGUGACCACGACCUUUUGUUCCUUUACAACGAACGUCCAUUGCAGAUUCCUGGAUGUCAAUUCAAUGGACUUUGCAAAUUAAGCUUCAUCGCUCAAACAUUCCAACGAUUUGUGGGUGCUAAUUGCAGCUCUCUCUUCUGCAAUUCAUCAUAA